AAGGACAUUACAAGGAAAGGGCUACAUUUCGGAGUGUUUAUGAAAAGCCUCAGUACUGUACUGUCACCAGGGGGCAUGCAAUAGAAUGCAUUUCGUCCAACAUUUGGAAUAAUGAUCAUUUAGCAACCACCGCGACCACCACCACUACGACCAAAAAAAAUAAAAAAUAAAAAAGCUCCAGUGAGCUUUGGAGCCCGCGCCAAGCAGAGGAGCCAUGCAGCCAAACUUUCAGGAACCCCUUGGUUAUUUUUCUGACAUUGCGAGCUCGCCCUUGAGGAUGGCUUAUUGAAUUCUCCGGGUUUUGUUUUGCGCUCUAAAAAAAUCCUUUCCACCUCUCCUGCCGCCUCUGGCCCUGGCAGAUUUGCUUUCCUUCGGCAAAAGAGGAGAGAAGCAGGCAAGCUACCUAGCAGCAAAGAAGCCGCAGCAAGACGCCCUGCCUUCUUGCUUGUCUCCGCGCUCGCUCGCUCGCUCGCGCUCUCUCUCUCGCACACACGGCUCGCUUGCCUUGGGAGUCCAGUGUUGUUUUGAAGGGAGCUAACAUGGCGACGGUGCCCGUCUAUUGCAUCUGUAGGCUGCCCUACGACGUAACCCGCUUCAUGAUCGAGUGCGACGCCUGCAAGGACUGGUUUCACGGCAGUUGCGUCGGUGUAGAAGAAGAGGAGGCACCAGAUAUUGAUAUCUACCACUGUCCAAAUUGUGAGAAAACCCACGGAAAGUCCACUUUGAAAAAGAAAAGAAAUUGGCAUAAACAAGAUACUGGUCAAACUACAGAAGUCAAACCUGUUCAGAAUGGUAGUCAGGUCUUCAUUAAGGAACUUCGAAGUCGAACAUUCCCCAGUGCUGAAGAUGUGGUAAUAAAAGUGACUGGAAGCCAGCUAACAGUUGAGUACUUGGAAGAAAAUGGAUUCACAGAGCCUAUUCUCAUUCCGAAGAAGGAUGGUCUGGGCUUAUCCGUGCCUGCACCAACAUUUUAUGUUAGCGAUGUUGAAAACUAUGUUGGACCAGAAAGAAGUGUUGAUGUGACUGAUGUCACCAAGCAGAAGGACUGCAAGAUGAAGUUAAAGGAAUUUGUUGAUUAUUAUUACAGCACCAACAGAAAAAGAGUUCUCAAUGUAAUUAACUUGGAAUUUUCAGAUACGAGAAUGUCCAGCUUUGUAGAGUCUCCUGAUAUUGUUAAAAAACUUUCUUGGGUGGAAAAUUACUGGCCUGAUGAUGCUUUGUUGGGAAAACCAAAAGUGACCAAAUACUGUCUGAUCUGUGUGAAGGACAGCUACACAGAUUUUCACAUAGACUCUGGUGGAGCCUCUGCCUGGUACCACGUCCUGAAAGGAGAAAAAAUAUUUUAUCUCAUCAAGCCAACCUCUGCGAACAUUUCCCUCUAUGAGCGCUGGCAGUCAGCGGCGAAUCACAGUGAAAUGUUUUUUGCUGAUCAAGUUGAUAAGUGUUACAAAUGCACAGUUAAACAGGGACAAACACUUUUUAUCCCAUCAGGGUGGAUUUAUGCAACUUUAACCCCGGUGGACUGCCUAGCCUUUGCAGGACAUUUCCUACAUAGCCUAAGUGUUGAAAUGCAGAUGAGAGCAUAUGAAGUUGAAAGACGAUUAAAAAUUGUCAGCUUAACCCAGUUUCCGAACUUUGAAACGGCAUGUUGGUACACAGGAAAACACCUGCUAGAGUCAUUUAAAGGAUUGCACAAAGCUGGAAAGCAGCCUCCUUCCCAUUUAGUCCAGGGAGCAAAAAUUCUAAAUGGUGCUUUCAGGUCUUGGACUAAAAAGCAGGCUUUAGUGGACCAUGAAGAUGAACUCCCAGAACAUUUUAAACCAGCACAACUCAUUAAGGACCUUGCCAAAGAAAUAAGAUUAAGUGAGAACGCAUUGAAAGUCAACAAACCUGAAGUAGGGGCCAGCGUGAAUGUUGAGGAGGUUAGCCCUGUGGAGAAAGAAGAAAUCCCGUCACCAGCCCCACGGACGCCUCCACCCCCGCCGCCGCCACCAUCGCCACCUCCACCACCUCCACAAGUCGAAAAAGCUCCCAAGAAAAAGACACCGAAGGGAAUGAAAACACCCAAGCCCUCCAAGCUUGCCAAACCUCCCAAGCCUCCAAAACCACCUAAGCCCCCCAAGCCCCCCAAACCUCCCAAGACACCAAAAGUAAAGGGGGAAGGGAAGAAAAAAGGCAAGAAAGCAAAAGAAGCGCCUUCACCUGCCAUUCCUAACUUAGACCUUCUUGAGGCACACACAAAAGAGGCCCUAACAAAGAUUGAAACACCAAAGAAGGGAAAGGCUGCCAAGAAUGCUUUGAGUACACCUAAUAAAGAACCUGCUGAUAAACAGAAUGAGGCAGAAAAGUUUGAAAUCCGGGAGCAGAAUAAGACCAAAACAGAAGCUAAAUGGAAGUAUAAGAACAGUAAACCUGAUUCAUUACUGAAAAUGGAAGAGGAGCACAAAUUGGAGAAGACACCAUUAUCAGGAAACAAGGACAAUAAAUUUAUGUUUUCCUUCUCCAACAAGAAACUAUUGGGUUCAAAGGGAGUAAAAACUCAGGUGAAUCCUGGUAUAUUUGGAUCUCUUCAAAAUUUCAAAGAAGAUAAAACAAAACCUGUGAAAGAUGAAUAUGAGUACGUCUCAGAUGAUGGAGAACUGAAAAUAGAUGAAUUUCCGAUUAGAAGAAAGAAAAACACCACAAAACGUGAUUUGCCCUUUUUAACAGAUAAGAAAGAAACCACACAGCAUACACCAGUUAAGAAGCCAAAGGUGGAAUCAGUAUUGUACAAGAGUGAUGACUCAUCAGAUGAAGAUUCUCUCCACAUUGAUACUGAGGCCAAGCCAGGGCGCAAUUCUAAGGUGAAGAAAGAGACUGGAAGUUCAGCAGGCAUUCUGGAUCUUUUACAGGCGAGCAAGGAAGUUGGGGGCUUGGAGUACAACACUAACAGUCAGCCACCGGCAUCUCCCAGCACCCAGGAAGCGAUCCAAGGAAUGUUGUCAAUGGCUAAUCUUCAGUCUUCAGAUUCCUGCCUGCAGCCUUCAUGGGGCACUAACCAAGCUAAGCAUAAUUCUGUUUCUGCCCCGAACUCCAAAAAAAACGGAAGCAGCAACAGCAAAAGUGCAGGCAAGAGGUUGCUGAAGAAGAGUGCAAAAAACAGCAUUGAUGUUGAAGAUUACGAUGAGGACCAGGAUCACUUAGAUGCCUGUUUUAAGGAUUCUGAUUAUGUUUAUCCCUCCCUUGAAUCAGAUGAAGAUAAUCCAGUAUUUAAGUCGCGAUCAAAGAAAAGGAAAAGUUCUGACGAUGCACCAUAUAGUCCAACAGCAAGAGUUGGCCCAUCAGUACCUCGACAAGACAGACCAGUCCGAGAAGGUACAAGAGUUGCCUCCAUUGAAACCGGGCUGGCAGCAGCAGCUGCCAAGUUAUCCCAGCAGGAGGAGCAAAAGGGCAAGAAGAAGAAGAACACCAAAAAGAAAUUAUCACCGAACAAUGCAAAUAAACUCCCUCAGGAAGGCAGCUCUCCUGAACCCAAGCUGGAGUCCCACAGCAGCAGUUUAGCAGACCACGAGUACACUGCUGGCGCAAGCACAUUUGGGGUCGCCCAAGUAAACAGAGGCUCUCAGCCCAUGGCCCCAGGAGUUUUCCUCACGCAGCGGAGGCCCUCAUCAUCGUCACAGAAUAAUGCAGCUGCCAAAGGGAAACGUACAAAAAAAGGCAUGGCCACAGCUAAGCAAAGGCUUGGAAAGAUUUUGAAAAUCCAUCGGAACGGGAAACUUCUCCUCUAAAACUUGGCCACAGUUGGAACUGUUUCAAAGUUCAGAAUGUCCUGAGCUGACCCUAACUCUUCAACUCUUGAAGGACUUCUUCAGUAGUAUUGUGCAACAUCUUAGGGACAAUACCAGUUAACUUUUUGCCACCACUUUAAUAAAUUGUUUUUAACUUUCAGCAGUUAAACAUGUACAGAAUACUGCUAUAAAUAUUUUUUAAUAUAGAUGUCCUUUCUCAAAUUGCUGAGAGUGACUAGUUCGCAAAAAGUUAAUACUCCAAGACACUGAGGAUCAUUCCAGUUUUAGGAAAGUAUCCCUUUAACUUGUUUUUAAGUGAAGAAAAAGCCGUUGUUUUUAACAGUAUGCACAUUAAUUUCAGUUGUCCUUCAUUUAUCAAAUCUGCACGAAUUUUAAAGAGGUAUCUGGUUAAGCAGCAGAAGGUCAGAGUUUUCGAAAUGUUUUCAAAUUGACUUGUAGAGAUUUCUGCCACUAUCAUGUGAUACAAUACAUGCAAGGAAUGAUAUGCAGAAUGAAAUGUCUAGUUUUCAUUACCCAGAUCAUGACAAAUAUGUUUUAUUCAGUAGAAGAGUGGAAACUGCACUUCAGCACUACUAAAAACUUUCCCUACAACCAGACAUUAGAUAAUCAUAGGUUAAUUUAUUUUAUGUGCAAUGCAAGCUGAUUUCCAGAACAUUAUGGAUCCUAGAGUGGAUCCCAUUGCGUUAAUGAGUUGGGUGUACAUGCAUAAUGGAAGAUGCAGUUCCUUCAAAAUCGAUGGGAGUUUUUCCAUUAACUUCAAUCAGUGCUGGAUUUACACCCUUUUCAUUAAUAGAUUUCCAACCUUCCCACCAUUUUCUAUCUGCAAGGUUUAUUUUUAGCAUCUAUUGUCAUGUUACCCACGCUUGUUGUCUAUGCUUUAAUCACUGCAAGUCAGUGUGUGACAGCAGUAACUUUGCCUGACCUAAACACACACAUCCUUCCUAUAAAAUCUCACAAACAAACGCAUACACUUGAGAAAAUGUUGCAAAACUAAUUGGCACCUCAGAAGUAAGGACUGAAAUCAAUGGCUGUGUUUGUGCUAUGGUUUGUUUACUUGAUAAUGGAAACUGGAGGGUUUGCAGUUAAUUUUUUGAGAUAUUGUUGGUUUGGAGUUGCUCUUUGGAAAUGAUACCCGCUGCUUAUCAGAGCAGGGGAUUCCAUAUUUGUUUAUUUGUUAACUUUGUGGCAAGGGCAUGGUCUCCGCCUCAGUUCCUGUGUGGCACAGGAAAUAUUUGAUGGCAAUUUCCCUCCCUCACCACUGAUGCCCAAGCACAGGUAUGCACAGCAUCCAAUGCAGAGUCACUUCAUCAUCUGCCACCCUGCGUGUUGUUCCCAUUUCUAACAUUCUCAGUGGGGCCGUGCCUGAUGGAAUCAGCAAGCUAAGGGCUUGUUGUCCUUAGCAGAAGCAACAAGCUAAGCAUGUUGCCCGUAGCAUAAUCUUAUGCCUGUUUUCUCAUGCAGGAGUCCCACGACAUACAACCAGAUGUAUUCCCAGGGAAGCAGGGAGAGGACUGCAGCUUUAUCCCAGGGCUCUUGGUAUAUUUUCUUGGCUUAUGCUUGUGAUUUGAUAGCCAUCCAGCAUUUCAGCCUUCCCAGUUUGGCGGGCUCUUGCAUGUACAACCAGUGCCACCAGGGAUGCUCUGGCUAGCUAGUCCAACAGCAGAGCUUUGUCUUUUGGCUGGUAUAGGAAUGAAAUGAACAAAGCAGCUGUGGUGUGUGGCUGGGGAAGUGUUUACCUAGGGCAAUGUGGAAUGGAGAAAGUUCUACUCAUACACCGGGAUUUCUUCUUCCCCACUUUCAAUUUACUGCAGCCUUGACCAAUCUGUGCAUCAUGUAAACAAACCAGACAUAUAAAUGUGGGAAGAAGUUGUCAUCUCAAGACAACCAAGAAUGUAUUCAAGCACUUACUUUUGGCCCUAUUUCCAAACCCCGAGCCUUCUUUCUACUUUAGAAAAAGCAACAUGUACAGAGAGAGUGGGAAAGAGAAAGAGAGAGAAACUGCCACAGGCAAAAUGCUAAGAAAAUGUUCCAUGUGCACACACUCUUUGAGGGUGUUUUUGUUCUUUGUUUUUGCUUUGUGUUUCGUUUAAUGCCUCCAACCCCAUUCGAGAGUGGAACCCGGAUGGCUGGAUGGCGCAUGCUGGCCUUGCGGCCAAGGCGUGCAGUGAGGUGGAAAGACCAGGUGGGCCUUUCGCAAUGGAGAAAGGGCUUCUGACAUUCGUAUCAAAGCACUUCCUCUCAGAUGCGCUUGUCUGAAGGACCGUGGGUUGUGUGCACCAGGGGUCUGAUGUAAGAAGAGAAGCUUCUGAGCAGUUGAACUGGAUACUUGUUGUCUUUGAACUCUCUUAGUGUUUGGUGUAGAGUGCAUUAUUUUACAUUAAACUUGCUUGUCUGCAUAUAAACACUUAAGGAGUUAAAUUUGUUUCUCAGGCAAUCUCAGAUUUUCAUUUAUAGAUACGUUUCCUAAAGCAUAUUUUUUCAUAGAAUGUAGCCUGUAAAUAGCUUUUUAAAAUACCUUCUUUUUAUAAGAGCAAAGUAUCUUUAGAGAUUUCUUUCUAUAGAAUACUUCAUUAACCUUUAUACAAGUUUCUUGCUGAGUAUUAUCAACAGUUGUAUUUUAGGUUCUUGACUCUAAGAGAGAAAAGUUAGAUUUUGUCUUUGUUUUUAUUUUUGUUUUGUUUUGUUUCCUUUUUAUGUUGGCAUUGCCUGAAAAACAAGUAAAACUUUGUGCAGCCUUAUAGUGAAUCAAAUCAUACUAAAAACACAACCUAUUUAAGACACGUUCUGAAGAAGAAUCUUCAACUUUAUAAUACCAGCUCCUUGUUUCUUGUAUUCUGAGGGGAUACAAUUAUUUUAUUAGCACCUUGUGAAGUGUUUAUGUGUUUUGUGAUGAUGUAAUUUAUUAAUGUUUGUAGCUUUUUAUAUUUGUACAUUUCUUAUGAGCUUUGUUUAUAUACACAUUACCUGGAUGUGAUGUCCAUGAGGAAAAAACAGCUACAGAAACAACUGAGGCCUUAUUAACUAACCUUUCUAUGAUUAUGGUGGGGAGAUUGGGUCUGAAUUCUAGGAGUCAAAAAUGUUAGUUGAAUAGGGCCCCAGGGUUAUGCCGAGCAAGUUUUUUUAAGCUUCCCUAGUAUACUGUUCUUGUCAAGCAUUUAUAUAAUAUAACGCAGACAUCAUGCUGGUUUUUUAUUAUUAUGAUUAUUAUUAUGAUUAUUAUUAUUUUCGCAACAUGUACAUUUCUAACAAAGUUUAUUGUGGCUAUCUAUUACAGUGUUUUAUUUACCGAUUCAUAUCAAAUGCUCUUGUAUCAAGUCCAUGAAAUCUAAGUAAACUUAGAUCAAAAUUUUAAAAGUAAAAUAUUUCAGGUUUUGUAUAGAA